GCCCGUCCCGCCAUUACUGGCAUGGAGGGCGAGAGCACCUCGGCCCUGCUCUCGGGCUUCGUGUUCGGCGCCCUCGCCUUCCAGCACCUCAGCACCGACUCGGACACGGAAGGUUUUCUCCUUGGAGAUGUGAAAGGUGAAGCCAAGAACAGCAUUACAGAUUCACAAAUGGAUGAUGUUGAAGUUGUUUAUACAAUCGACAUACAGAAGCAUAUUCCAUGCUACCAGUUGUUCAGCUUUUAUAAUUCUGCAGGAGAACUGAAUGAACUUGCCCUGAAGAAAAUACUAUCAGGCUGUAAGAAGAGUGUAAUAGGAUGGUACAAAUUCAGACGUAACACAGACCAGACCAUGACAUUCCGGGAAACAGUUCUUCAUAAAAACCUGCAGUCACACCUAUCAAAUCAGGGGCUUGUAUUCCUCCUUUUAACCUCUAGUGUGAUGACAGAAAGCUGUUCUACUUACAGAUUGGAACAUGCUCUACACCGGCCUCAGGAAGGACUUUUCCAGAAAGUCCCUUUGGUGGUUACCAACUUGGGCAUGGCAGAACAGCAAGGUUACAGAACAGUGUCCGGUUCCUGUGUAUCUUCUGGUUUUGUGAGAGCCAUGAGACAACACAGGACAGAAUUCUUCCAUGAAGAUGGGUCCCUACAAGAGGUUCAUAAGAUAAAUGAGAUGUACGCCACCUUGCAGGAAGAACUGAAGAAAAUAUGCAUUACAGUAGACGUCAGUGAACGAUCUGUGGAGAAACUCUUAGCAGAGGUGAGCCAAUUAAAAGAAGAAAUAAAGAGGAAAAAGCAACAAAACUGUCCAGGAGAAGAUAAAAACCACCCAGCAGAGCCAAAGGAGAAUGUUCUCCUUUGCCAGGCACUACAAACAUUUUUCCCCAAUUCCAGACUUCAGACAUGCAUUGUUUCCCUCAAAGGCCAACAGAUAUCCAAGAACUGCUGUAACACAGACCAUCAUAUUAAUGUCAUGGACAAACUGACUCUCAUGGUAGAGGAAAGAGACUUCACUGAAGGUGAAACAAGGCAUCUAAACAAGCGUAAGGUCAGGGGGACCACAGCAGUUUCAAAGUCAUUCAAGAAGUCCAGAUCAUUGCAGCUUCACCAAGAACCACCUCAAAACCAAGAGGACAGUGACCAGGAAAGGAAGCUUACACUGAGUAGCACUGAAACAGAUGAGGAUGUGUUUGAAAAAAGCAGAGAUGCAAAGGAAUACCCACAUUCUCCUACUUUCUGAUCUGUCAGAUGACUUCACACCAAAAGUUACUGUUGGUGUAUUCCAGUGAUGUAUCAAUCUCUAGCACUGCAAGGAUGUAUGGAACAGGGCAUUUUUGCAGGUUGGAUUUUUUUUUUUUUUUCAGUGCACGAAUCCUGUUCAGCAUAAAGAUAAAUCCAAGAUGACAUUCUCUCACUUUGCCUUCCAGAGUUGCAUCUGUCUUCUCUCUCUCAGGGUUCAAAGCCUAUGCUACAGGAUGCUAUCAGUCAGAUAAGCAUGUCACAUACUGCCUCAAAGUGAGACAGCUUCAAGCUGCUGGUGAAGAAACAGUGCUACCCUCCUGACACAGGGAGCACCAAAUGAACACAUUACAGAAUUAGCUGUCUACGUGAACUGCCACAGUUUAAAUAUAUUAAUUUAUCCUCAGGAAA